GCCAUGACCCCCGGGCUGACCCCUGACCCGGAAGCUGCCCCGGGUGGUGACGUUGUUGACAGUAUGGCGGCGCCAGGCCGCUUCGUGGGCCGGAGCUGGGCGCUUCUGCAGUGGUUGUUGUGGCUGACCUCGGUCCGCGGCCGGAUACAUCAUCUGAUCCUCAAGGAUGAUGUGAGGCAAAAGGUCCGUUUAAACACAUUUGGUUUCUUCAAGGAUGGAAAUAUGUCUGUGGAAAUGACCAGUUUGACUCCAAAGGGGCUGGAUUUCAAACAUUUUGAAGGAGCUGCGUUGGGGCUAAGUUUGGACCGAACCAAGAACGAUGGUUUCUCAUCCUAUCUGGAAGAUGAGGUUGAUUUUUGCUUUUUGAAGAAAACACCACCUACUGAAACACCUGUCACACUUUUCCGUUUUGACUUUCAAACACCACAUAUUACAGUUCACACGUCGGGCAGCAACCAGCCACAUGUCAGUGAUGUUGGAUCAGCAGGGAUUCCGCCAUCAGAAGACAAAGCCAGCAAGGUGAACACCCACAGUGAAUCCAACCAAGCUGGAAAAGCUAAGGGGAAUGAAACAUCAGCGAAGUCUGUGGAAGUGCAGAAAGAAAAAUCAAAAUCUCAGGAUAAUGCACUUGAACUAAAGGCUGUGACGGAAACGAUUUCACUGCGGAAAAAUAAUACAUCUUAUUCAUUCAGGUUCUCAUUUACCAUCAAUACGGAAGAAGAACAAGGGCUUUAUAGUCUUUACUUCCAUAACUGCUACAGCGACAAAGCAAUUCUACAGUCUUUUAAAUUUGACAUGGAUAUUACCAUCGUGGAAUACAACCCUGGCAGCUACCUGUCUGCAGGGGAGAUCCCUCUGCCAAAACUCUACAUCUCCAUGGCUUUCUUCUUCUUUGUGGCAGGAGUUGUCUGGGUUUAUAUUCUCCGAAAACGCAGGUACCCAAUGAUGUUUUUUAAGAUCCAUUGGCUGAUGGGAGCGCUGGCAUUUACGAAAUCUCUUUCGUUGGUUUUUCAUGCAAUUGAUUAUCACUUUAUAUCCACUCAAGGAUACCCUAUUGAGGGUUGGGCUGUGGUGUACUACAUAACACAUUUGUUGAAAGGUGCCCUGUUGUUCAUUACGAUUGCACUGAUAGGAACUGGCUGGGCCUUUGUUAAACAUAUCCUGUCGGACAAAGACAAGAAAAUAUUUAUGAUAGUUAUUCCACUCCAGGUCCUUGCUAAUGUUGCUUAUAUCAUUAUCGAGUCCACUGAGGAAGGGACAACUGAAUACGGACUGUGGAAGGAGAUCCUCUUCCUUGUUGACCUCUUAUGCUGUGGUGCCAUUCUGUUCCCUGUCGUGUGGUCAAUUAGACAUUUGCAAGAGGCGUCGGCCACAGACGGAAAAGCUGCAAUUAACUUGGCAAAACUAAAGCUCUUCAGACAUUACUAUGUCAUGAUUGUGUGUUAUAUUUACUUCACACGAAUCAUUGCAAUCUUGAUCAAAAUCAUCGUACCCUUCCAAUGGAAAUGGCUAUACCAGUUUCUAGAUGAACUGGCCACUCUCGUAUUUUUUUGUUUGACGGGCUACAAGUUCCGACCGGCUUCAGAUAAUCCCUACCUUCAGCUAUCUCAGAAUGAGGAGGACGUGGAGAUGGAUGAAGUGUAA